AUGAGUCGCAGCCGUAGAAGUAAAGGCUGUCUUGCAUGCCGUAAAUCCAAAGUCAAGUGCAGCGAAGAUCACCCGCGAUGCGCCCGAUGUACUCGCCAAAGCAUCAGCUGUCACUACCCCGACCCACUGGAGAUCGAUUUCCGCAACGAGAACACCAAGGCGGCAGUGCGCGCCGUCUCGUUGUGGCGCCAGAGGGCCACUGCAGUGUCGAGUCCAAGCCCUAGUCCACCCCAUGGCGACGACGAUCUCCAGCACCACGCAUUAGCCACCUUCUACCGCGACUUUGGAUGCACGGUCGCCGUUGCCAACCCCUGGCUGGAAUUCUUCCAGAUGCUGCCCAUGCUCCACCGACACCCAGCCGGAAACCCAGCCUCGGCGCAGGCCAUUCGAGCCCUGGCCCUGGCCCACCACGCGCGCCAGCAGCAGCAACGGCAGCGGCAGAUCCCGCAGCUGGAGAUCCUCGCGCGCACCGAGUACUCCAAGGCCAUCGGCCUCAUCCGGUCGCAGCUGCAGACCCGAAACGGCGUCCCCGGCACGGAUGUGAUCGUCUCCGUCUCGCUGAUGGGGCUCUUCGAGACCAUCCUGCCCAGCAGCGCAAUUGGGGCAGGCAGUGGAGGCAAAGAGCAGCAGCAUCGAUCCUGGCAGGCACAUCAACACGGUGCCAUCUCGCUCAUCCAGCAGCAGCAGCAGCAGCAGCAGCAACAAAACCCCCAAAGAUCAAGUACAACAGAAGAGGAAAGCAUUGAUCCUCGACUGCUGAAGUUCAUGUACUUGCUGAUGAUAGUGAACUGCCUGAACGCGCGCUCCCGACCCCAGCUCCCCUUGCACCUGUGGAGGGGAGUUCUCGAUCCCCGCCUUCCCGCCGCGCGACUGUUCCGGACGAUGUAUCAUCUCGCGCAGUGGCAGGCCGAUCUGGACAGCUGGAUGCAAGCCCACGAGAAGCCACGCACCAUCUCCAAUCCCGCCAUCCUCCCCAUCGAGGAAAUGAUCACCACACUCCUGCAAGCCGACUGCGACCUUCAAGAGUGGGAAUCCCACCUUCCGCCCGCUUUCCACUUCUACGACCGCCCCGCCACCCCCCAAGACCACCCUCUACUCCAGUGGCCCGGCGCGCCGCGGCGCGUCUACGUCUACGAGUCUAGCUGGCGGGCGAUCCCCCGGACCUUCGGGUUCGCGGUGCGGAUCCUGCUGGCCCAGAAUCUGCUCCGAUGUCGGCGGUGGAUUGCGGAGCGAGAUCCCGACCAGUCUGGGGUAUGGCUGCGAGACCACCGGGGGGGUGCUCUGGAGGUCAUCACAGAGAUGGUAGGCCAUAUAUCCCGCAGUACGAAUGCGAUCGUGGGGCCAACGACUGCGGGGGUGGGGGGCGUCGGUGGUGGUCGCGGAGCCGGGGAGGGGGAAGCGAUGCGGGGGCUGGCGAUUGUGUGGCCUCUCAGUGUGGUGGUCGGCGCGUUGCAGCGGAAUCCGGGCGUGAGGGAUCGGGUUGGCGAGGAGCGAGCGCGGUGGAUUGGGGACGCUCUGCUGUAUGUGCGGCGGCUGGUGGGGAGUCGCGAGAAUGACGGGUGA